AUGUUCGGAAACGUGACUCCAGAGACGGCGAUUACGUUCGUUCGAUUUAGCAUUAGUUUGAUCUGCUGCUGGCCGCUACCAGCGGUGGCAACGAAAACUCAGGUGUUGUGUUUCAGAAUAUCGAAAGUGUUGAAUAUUCUUAGCGUGCUUGGAUUAUUCUUCCCAGUAUUGUAUGCACUGAUUCAUCACGACGACGAUAUUGUCGAAUUAACGAAGAAAGUCAUCAUUGUAGUGGGUUGUGUCAAUGUUAUAACACAGAUACUGCUUUCUAGCCUUCAAUAUGAUCGCUUUCAGUUAAAUGUGGAAGAAGAGGCACGAAGUAGUUUUGGGAAGAAUCAUAAUUUUUAUGACAUAUUCCAGCGUCUGGUCGAAACAAUAACAGCUAACUUCCAGAACGCAAAUUUCUACGAGAGAUGCGUGUUUCAACGAUACGUCGACAUGUACUCAAAGUUUUACGGGCUAGCUGUGCUAUGGAUUUACACAAUAGCAGUGGUUUUCAUUUUCGGAAGUAUCUUCCUACCUCAGCCGUUUCCGCUACUCUCCGAAUAUCCGUUCCGCGUUGAUUACGAACCCCUGAGAACUAUAAUCUUUGUACACCAGGCCAUUUUCAGCUUCCAAUGCUCCGCAGCGAUCAGCAUAAACAUGUUCGCAGCACUGUUACUUCUGUACGCUUCGGCGAGGUUCGAGAUUCUGAUGAUAGAUAUGCGAAAAGCUACCAGUGUCCAUGCGUUGGUCGAGUGUUUGGAAAAGUUUCACAUGGUGACCAGAAUCGCAAAGGAUAUCGUCGAGGGUACUCAGUUCAUAGCUUUGUUCACGGUACUGUAUAGCAGUGUACCAAUUAUAUUUGGUGGGCUAAAUAUUAUAGGACGGCAUGCCAUCGUGAUAAAACUGCAGUUUUUAUUCUUGUCUUGGAUGUCACUGAUGGAGGUUUUCAUGUGCGUAUUGCCAGCCGAUAAUUUGAUUAAUGUGAGUGAGAAUACUGUUCGAAGUGUGUACGAAUCGAAAUGGUACGACCAAAUACUGGAUGUACAGAAGACAGUACUCCGCAUUUUGGUGCCACAGGUACCCAUUGCCAUCAGCGUAAAGUGCGUCAUCCCGAUACUUUCCUUGGAAUAUUACUGUUCGUACGUAUCGCACGCGGUGUCGUUGUUCACCACCCUACGUUUGGUAUGGGUGGAAGAGGCCGACGUAUUAGGGUUCAGAUCGACGAAUAGUACAUGUUGAGUAGAUUAAUUACUCAUAGUCUGAAGUACACGCGAUGUUUAGAAACAUAUUUGGAAAGUUAUAUUCUGGAAUAAAGAUAUCGUUGCUUGAUACAAA